ACCUUUUGGUACCCAUCUUGAUUGUGUUACCAUAGGACAAGGACAAUGCAAUCUUCAUCUUAUGAAACUGAGGGCUAUGAAUAUACCUCAUCAGAUUCAAACAAAAGGGAAUCAAAUGGAAAAAUGGUCCAGCGUUUACAAGGAAUAUUAAGAUGUUUGGUAAAGCAGCUCGAGAAAGGAGACAUUAAUGUGACCGACCUGAAAAAUAACAUUGAAUAUGCAGCAUCAGUGUUGGAAGCAGUAUAUAUUGACGAAACCAGAAGACUGCUUGACACAGAGGAUGAACUUUCUGAUAUACACACUGACUCUGUUCCAUUGGAAGUACGAGAUUGGUUAGCAUCCACCUUCACAAGAAAAAUGGGGAUGAGGAGAAGACGUCCAGAGGAAAAGCCAAAGUUUCGAAGCAUUGUCCAUGCUGUCCAGGCUGGCAUAUUUGUUGAAAGAAUGUACAGACGAUCCUCUAAUAUGGCCGGUCUCACCUACCCAUCAUCAGUGAUUGCAUCAUUAAAGGAUCUUGACCGUUGGUCUUUUAAUGUGUUUUCCUUGAAUGAGGCAAGCGGAGAACAUUCUCUUAAAUUCAUGGUCUAUGAAUUGUUUACCAGAUAUGACCUUGUAAAUCGCUUUAAGAUCCCUGUUGCCUGUCUUGUUUCAUUUGUGGAAGCUUUGGAAGCUGGCUACAGUAAGUACAGGAAUCCAUACCACAAUUUGGUUCAUGCAGCUGAUGUUGCCCAAACUGUGCACUACAUAAUUCUUCAUACGGGUAUCAUGCACUGGCUCACAGAACUGGAAAUUUUGGGAAUGAUCUUUGCUGCUGCUAUCCAUGACUAUGAGCACACUGGGACCACAAAUAACUUCCAUAUACAGACAAGGUCAGAGGUUGCAAUAUUGUACAAUGAUCGUUCUGUUCUUGAAAAUCAUCAUGUGAGUGCUGCCUACCGAAUUAUGCAAGAUGAGGAAAUGAAUAUAUUGAUAAAUUUGUCCAAAGAUGAUUGGAGAGACUUAAGAACACUGGUGAUAGAGAUGGUUUUGUCUACAGAUAUGUCCUGCCACUUUCAGCAGAUAAAAACCAUGAGAAGUACAUUGCAGCAGCCAGAGGGGAUAGAUAAAGCAAAAGCCAUGUCUUUGAUUCUUCAUGCAGCAGACAUCAGUCAUCCAGCAAAAACAUGGGAUAUGCAUCAGCGAUGGACCAAUUUACUGAUGGAAGAAUUCUUUCUACAGGGGGACAAAGAAGCUGAAUUAGGUCUUCCAUUCUCACCACUCUGUGACCGUAAAGCGACAAUGGUGGCACAGUCACAAAUAGGUUUUAUUGACUUCAUAGUGGAGCCAACAUUCACCCUUCUAACUGACUCAACAGAGAAAAUUGUUAUUCCUCUUAUAGAGGAAGCUGCAAAGCAAGACCAUUCAAUCUUUGAUAAGUCCAGUCAGAAUAAUUCUGAAGUUGGACGCGGUACUGACACACAAAGAAAACCUACAGUACGGACGGCACAAACAGAAGGAGGAUCUACAACAGAAUACUCGUUAGCCACUGUAGAUUUGUACAGUUUCAAAAAGAAUUUGGUUGAAAUUAUUCAAGCAAAUAAAGAACGAUGGAAAGAAUUGGCACUUCAAGAGAGAAAUUCCAAAUCAGUGCACAGCAAUGAAGACAGUCUUGGAGAAGCUUAAUGGUUACAAUGAUCCAUAGAGGAAGCAUAGCCAUAAUAACCCGUGAAUAUCAGAAAAAAAGCUCUCAGACUUCAGGUGCUGGCACGACAUUCAAAAGCUUAAGAGGGCAAAGGCGAAGAGGCACGCAAAAUGGCUCCUGGAUUUAAGGAGGGAACUGGAGAAAAGAACAUCUAUCUGAUAAUGUUUAGAAUUUAGUUUUUCUACGAAUUUACGAAACUAGGAAAGAACGCACAUACACCCAAUAAGGUGAUAGCUUGGCCACGCACAAAUUAUUUAUGAAUACACAAUUUACAAACACAGUAAAAGCAUGUAAAUAUUUUGAGAGUGUAAAUAAUUAGUUUACUUGUUGACCUAUGCACAUUUUCCAUAUUUUAUUUUCCAAAAUGUUUUAUUUGUCACACAUGUUAGGGAAAAUAUGUUGUUUCUUUGCAUCGGCUUCCUUGUGAACUUGAUCUUUCCACUUUUCAGACUGUUAAUAAAAUAAUGUUUAUUUGG